AUGUUUUCAUCUUGCAGUAGCAAUAUUAAUAGUACUUCUGUAAGUCCUUUUCAACCUUACUUUCCCUUGUCUUCUUCAAAUUACCACCCUCCUCCUCCUCCUCCUCCUCCUCCUUUUCCUUGUGUGAACCAAGAGGCUUGUAGUGGAGACAUUUUCCUUCACCACAAUAUUCAAGGGUACCCCAUCUCUGGUCAAUUUCCACUUCAUAACAAUGCCUUAAUGGCACCUCCUCUUCCUCAAAGCUUGACCCAUUUGGGAGUUUCAUCAAACACUGUACCUCCUAGCAUAAACGCUGAUGAUCAUCAUCCCUACCAUAAUUACUAUGGUGCCAUUAACAAUGAUAAUAUUUUUCCUCAUUUCCUUCAUUCUUCUAGAGAAGAUAUAGUAGCGCCGCCGAUGAAGAAAGAUCGGCACAGCAAGAUCUUCACUGCUCAGGGCUUGAGGGACCGGAGGGUUAGACUGUCCAUCAAUGUUGCCCGUCAAUUCUUUGACCUCCAAGACCUGUUAGGGUUUGACAAGGCAAGUAAAACCCUAGAAUGGCUUCUCACCAAGUCAAGAAGGGCCAUCAAACAGCUUGGGACUCGGAACAAACACUUGACCUGCAGUACUAGUACUGGGCGUUCCAAGAGUUUGACUUCGAGUUCAGAGUGUGAUGACGAUGACGUCGAUUCAGACACAAACGAGGUGGAAACGUAG